AUGACCCACGUGGACUCAGGGCACUCCCGCGACACGCUCCUCUUCAUACAUGGCUUCUCCUCGACCUCGUACGAUUGCUAUUUGGUCAACCUCUUCAGGAAGACGGGCUACGCGCUGAUCAUCCCGGACAUGUUGGGCGCGGGCGAUACAGACAACCCCACGAAUGCCGCGAUCGCCGCGGACGUCAUCGACUCGAUGCGGAUGGGCGAACUAGUACCAUCCGGGAGCGCUUGGCCGGUGCCACGAAUGCAACAGCUGAAGACCCUCGCGCUUGGCUUCAACCUUGAUCCAUCGGUGCUUGAGGGUUUGGUUGAUUGGCUCGUGCUCUCACCAUCCGAUGAAUCUCGCGACAUAUCCAUCGUCAACCUAGAGGUCCGGCACACCUCGCCACAGUACAUCGGUCCCAUUAAUCGUAUAAUCCACGCCGUAUCAGCGGCCCCCUAA